CUGGUGGUAUGAAUGUAACUGCGACCAGGACAGCAGCAGCAAGUGAUGCCAUCUGUCUUAUCAGCGCUGAGGGAAAACCGUUGAAAACCGUUGGAUAUCUCAAGAAAUAGAAGGGGGAUGCAAGCACUUUUUGGUGACUCACUAAAAUGAGCUUGAUUUGUAUUUUUAUCAGCAUUUUUACAUUUUACGAGUGACUUCAAAGUUGUUUUCUAUUUGUUUUUUAAAUUGUUUAAUAUAGCCUAUAUUUUUAUUUGAAUUGCAUUGCUUUUCCCCCCUAAUGGAUGGGAUUGAAGGCGAAUGACGCACCACACUGAAACGAUUUAAAUGUUUUACGUGUUCUAGUGUGGAGGCAUUUUGGAGUGGUCGGACAGCCCACGUCAAGCUCUAGAACCUUUGGAACACCUGAUUCUUCUGUCGAUAUCACACGGAUGCCAAGUGGAACUCUUUCUCUCUCUGUUUACAUUUUAUUCUCUUUGGCAAUUCAUCCACUGCAACUUUUUCAUUUAGCUCACCAGACCAGACGCACUCUUGUUUAGUUUUUACCCCAAGGAACUAUUAAAUCGUUUUCCCUUUUAAGGUUUUUGAAAUGACGAGCCAAAGUACUGAGAGAAGUAGGCCUAUAGGGACUCUGGCGUUGCUGCGUUCCGCUUUGCUGUUGGGUCUUCUUCACAUUGGUGCACCAGAGGCGAGGAGGCUACGGGGCAGCCGCGCGCAACACCGGAGAGCCUCCGCCAUGCCGUCCCCAACGUUAACAUACAGGGACCGGGUAGUAGAGGGGACCGGAGCCGGUGAGAGCUUCCCGUUAGACUUCACCGCUGUCGAGGGGAACAUGGACAACUUCAUGACCCAAAUUAAAAACCUGGCGCAGUCGCUGUACCCGUGCUCGGCGCAGAAGCUGGACCAGGACAUGAGGCUGCACUUCUUGGACAAUUCCUCUGCGACGUGUAACGAUGGAUCCCCAGCGGGGUACUACAUCAAGGAAUCUAAAGGCAGCAAGAGAUGGCUGAUAUUCUUGGAGGGUGGAUGGUACUGUUUCAACAGACAGACUUGUGACACCAGGUACCAGACAAUGAGGAGAUUCAUGAGCUCCCUCAAGUGGCCACGCACCAGAACAGGUACAGGUAUUCUGUCUCCUCAGCCAGAGGAGAACCCCUAUUGGUGGAAUGCCAACAUGGUGUUCAUCCCAUACUGCUCUAGUGAUGCCUGGAGUGGAGCCUCAGCAAAGACUGACCAAAGUGACUAUGCAUUCAUGGGCUCAGUGAUCAUUAAGGAGGUGGUUAAUGAGCUGCUUACUGAAGGACUGGACAGCGCUAAGGUCCUGCUACUGGCUGGGAGCAGUGCGGGGGGUACAGGUGUACUACUGAACGUGGACCGUGUGGCGGAGCACCUGGAGUCCCGGGGACACGGGGAGAUUCAGGUCCGGGGUCUGGCUGACUCUGGCUGGUUCCUGGAUAACAAGCAAUACAGAUCUACAGACUGUCACAGCACCAUCAGCUGUGACCCUACUGAGGCUAUCAGGAGAGGAAUCAGGUACUGGGGUAGUGUGGUGCCAGAGAGCUGCAGACAGACUCACAUAGGAGAGGAGUGGAACUGCUUCUUCGGAUAUAAAGUCUACCCCACGCUCAAGAGUCCAGUGUUUGUGGUCCAGUGGUUAUUUGAUGAGGCCCAGUUGACAGUAGAUAACAUCCACCUGACUGGUCAUCCGGUCCACGAGGGACAAUGGAGAUACAUACAGAAUCUAGGCAAUGAGCUGAGGAACACACUCAAAGACGUCCCGGCCCUGUUUGCUCCAGCCUGCCUAUCCCAUGAGGUCAUCACCAGGAAUUACUGGAUGGACAUCCAAGUCAAAGGAACCUCCCUCCCCAGAGCCUUACACUGCUGGGACCGUGGUCUCCACGACAACAACCUCCACAAAGAUCCUCCAACAAUGACACCCAUAGCAACAAUCCUAACCCCACCCCCAAUAAGGCCCUGCCCCCAGCUUCCUCUCCGAGGCGCUGUCCUCUGCGUCUGAUUGACAGCUGCCCCUGGCCUCACUGUAAUCCCACCUGUCCAACUAUACGGGAUCAGAUCACCGGACAGGAAAUGAGCGUGAUCCAGUUCCUGAAACACAUGGGGUUUGAUGUUGCCAAGAUGGCCCAGCAACAGGGCAUGGACGCAGGGAAACUGCUGGGGAUGCUGAAUAACGGGAACUGAGCAGGGAGAGACUCACACAGGUAGCUGAAAUGAAACGCACAUACACACACUCUGACACAGCAGGGCCAUAGAACGCUUUGGUGGAGAUGAACGGAACUCAAUGCAACAGAAUAGAAACAGAACUGAACACUAAGCAACAGAACUGAACUCUAAGCAACAGAACUGAACACUAAGCAACAGAACUGAACACUAAGCAACAGGACUGAACUCUAAGCAACAGGACUGAACACUAAGUAACAGAACUGAACUCUAAGCAACAGAACUGAACACUAAGCAACAGAACUGAACUCUAAGUAACAGAACUGAACUCUAAGCAACAGGACUGAACACUAAGUAACAGAACGGAACUCUAAGCAACAGGACUGAACUCUAAGCAACAGGACUGAACUCUAAGCAACAGGACUGAACUCUAAGCAACAGGACUGAACUCUAAGCAACAGGACUGAACUCUAAGCAACAGGACUGAACUCUAAGCAACAGGACUGAACUCUAAGCAACAGGACUGAACUCUAAGCAACAGAACUGAGACUGAACUCUAAGCAACAGAACUGAACUCUAAGCAACAGGACUGAACUCUAAGCAACAGAACUGAGCAGAAAAAGUCACUGUGCUAAACUGAACUGGACUCAAUGGAUCUGAAAUCAGAACUUUGACUUGGUGCAACUCAAAACACCUCAACUCUGAACGCAGCUUGAAUAGUGUCUGCAAUGGGACAGAACUCGACUUAACUCAACUGAAUAAUAAAUCAUUUUUAGUACAACAACGGAACUGCUAAAUUUAAGUUCAAACAACUGAACAAUGCUGAACUCAACAACGCUGUACUCAACAACGCUGAACUGUCAACAACGCUGAACUCAACAACGCUGAACUGUCAACAACGCUGAACUCAACAACGCUGAACUCAACAACGCUGAACUCAACAACGCUGAACUGAACAACGCUGAACUCAACAACGCUGAACUGAACAACGCUGAACUCAACAACGCUGAACUCAACAACGCUGAACUGAACAACGCUGAACUCAACUCAGCCAAACCUGAACAGAACUAAACUAUACUGAAAUAGUGUUUUUGGCGCGAAAAGACAUACAUAAAUGGAACGUCAUCCGUUUUAAGGAUACAUCCCAAAUGGCAUCAGAUUCCCCCUUAGGGCUCUGGUCAAAACUAGUGCACUAUAUUGUGAAUAGAGUGCCAUUUGGGACGCAAUCUGUUCGUUUUAAAGUAAAUAAGACAACGGACUUGUGGAUUUAGAAAAUAUAUAUAUGCAUAAUAGGUGUAGAAGUUGUGUAUGUAUAUGAAGUGGAAUCCUCAGACUGUAAUGACUUGAUAGACUUCAAUUAUCAUUUUGAUCAAUGCUACAGAAGAUACAGAAUCAAGUUUCUGAUAUGAAAGGCAAUGGAUUAUAGCGAGCCCCUCAUAGGCUGCGUUUACACAGGCAGCCUAAUUCUGAUCUAUUUCCACUAAUUGGUCUUCUAACCAAUCAGAUCAGGGUCUUUUCCCAAUAAUUGGGCAAAAGACCAGAAUUGGGCUGCCUGUGUAAACACAGCCAUAGUAACAAGGGUUCACUAGAACUGAUUGAUUGAUCAGAAUUGUCUCAAACGACCACAUAGCCUACUGCCACAUAUGAACUCACCAGCAGAGAGGGAUGGAGACUGCCACACCUAAACAUAGGAUAUUAGCAGAGUGAGAGAUGUCUGGAUGGAUGGUUGAUACAGUAUGUGGGGAAUGGGAGAGAUGUCUGGAUGGUUGAUACAGUAUGUGGGGAAUGGGAGAGAUGUCUGGAUGGAUGGCUGAUACAGUAUGUGGGGAAUGGGAGAGAUGUCUGGAUGGAUGGUUGAUACAGUAUGUGGGGAAUGGGAGAGAUGUCUGGAUGGAUGGAUGAUACAGUAUGUGGGGAAUGGGAGAGAUGUCUGGAUGGAUGAUACAGUAUGUGGGGAAUGGGAGAGAUGUCUGGAUGGAUGGUUGAUACAGUAUGUGGGGAAUGGGAGAGAUGUCUGGAUGGAUGGUUGAUACAGUAUGUGGGGAAUGGGAGAGAUGUCUGGAUGGAUGAUACAGUAUGUGGGGAAUGGGAGAGAUGUCUGGAUGGAUGAUACAGUAUGUGGGGAAUGGGAGAGAUGUCUGGAUGGAUGGUUGAUACAGUAUGUGGGGAAUGGGAGAGAUGUCUGGAUGGAUGAUACAGUAUGUGGGGAAUGGGAGAGAUGUCUGGAUGGAUGAUACAGUAUGUGGGGAAUGGGAGAGAUGUCUGGAUGGAUGGCUGAUACAGUAUGUGGGGAAUGGGAGAGAUGUCUGGAUGGAUGGAUGAUACAGUAUGUGGGGAAUGGGAGAGAUUUAUGAUAUGGCGCUCUCUACUGGAGGUUUUGAGAAUUACAAACAUUUGUAUUCUUGCUGCUUCCAACUCUCCCUGGGUGAAUAAUACUGAAUGGUGCUUUUAGCCACAUAUGCUUUUGUACAAGGAUAAUAAUGGGUUAUACUUUAGUAUCUCUAAAAGGUUAUGUGAUUAACUGGAUAAUAAUGGGUUAUACUUUAGUAUCUCUAAAAGCUUAUGUGAUUAACUGGAUAAUAAUGGGUUAUACUUUAGUAUCUCUAAAAGGUUAUGUGAUUAACUGGAUAAUAAUGAGUUAUACUUUAGUAUCUCUAAAAGCUUAUGUGAUUAACUGGAUAAUAAUGGGUUAUACUUUAGUAUCUCUAAAAGGUUAUGUGAUUAACUGUUUGAACUCAAUGAAGGGUUGCACAUUUUCGGUAACUUUAACAAAAUGUUCCUGAAAUCCCAGUUGGAAGUUUCCUGGAAUCAGGAGGGAAUUAACAGAGAAUCUGGGAAUCAUCCAACCAGGAUUUCUGGAAAACCUGGGAAUUUUGCAACCCUAAACUCAAGUUGACAUUUAUUGGAUUAGGUGGAUCAUGUAUGAGUGCUAUUCUACUUCAUAUUUAUUAGGUGGAUCAUGUAUGAGUGCUAUUCUACUUCAUAUUUAUUAGGUGGAUCAUGUAUGAGUGCUAUUCUACUUCAUAUUUAUUAGGUGGAUCAUGUAUGAGUGCUAUUACGACAGGAAAGUGAUUCUUUGGAAAUUAUCAAUAUAUUUAGCUCUUUUUAUGGUGCUGAUUGCAUGUCUGUAGUACAUUAUAAUUGUGUUGAAUAAUAGAAAGAUAUAUGUUUCAAUGAUUUAUAUUAGAUUUCUCCACUGAAAAGUACAAGUGCAGCAUAACCACUAGGUAAACAUCAGAUAAGCAAAUACACACACAAAUAUGUUAAAACAUUUAAUUUCGUACAAACAAAACAACUUAAAAACAAAGAGACAUUCCAAUAACGUACUGUUCCAGUGGUUGAUCUAAGACCAUUUCCUGUUUGAACGAACCAAUCAGAUCGCCCGAUACUAAGAGGUGGAUUCUUCCUACAGAGUCAGUAAACAGAGGAUGCAUCCCAAAAGGUACCCUAUUCUCUACAUAGUGCACUACGUACGACCAGCGCCCUAUAAAGUCGUGCACUAUGUAGGGAAGAGUGCCAUUUCAGAAGCAGUGUGGUGACCACCAAUUAACAUAAAAACAUCAAAAUCAUUUUAUAUCAGAAACGGAAAGAAAUAACCUGUUCACAGUUGGUAUGAAAGGGCUGUUGACAAAAUACCUGUUUAUACAAUAAAAACAUCUAAAGUAAAAAAAAAAAA